GUCACAGGAGGCGGGACCAGCGCUGCUGCCGGGUGCUGGAGGCGCCAUUGGAGCCGGCUUGGCUUGCGAGCUCCGCUGAGGAGCCGGAGCUUGGGCCAGUGUUACAACCGCGACCGCUCUUGGUCCCUGGCCCGACAGCGGCAUGGCGUGCGGGGCGACGUUGAAGCGGCCCAUGGAGUUCGAGGCGGCGCUGCUGAGCCCGGGUUCCCCGAAGCGGCGGCGCUGCGCCCCUCUGCCCGGCCCCACUCCGGGCCUCAGGCCCCCGGACGCCGAGCCGCCGCCGCUCCAGAUGCAGACCCCACCGCCGACUCUGCAGCCGCCCGCCCCUCCCGGCAGCGAGCGACGCCUUCCAACUCCCGAGCAAAUUUUUCAGAACAUAAAACAAGAAUAUAGUCGUUAUCAGAGGUGGAGACAUUUAGAAGUUGUUCUUAAUCAGAAUGAAGCCUGUCCUUCGGAAAGUCAGUCUCACUCCUCAGCACUCGCAGCACCUAGUUCUCCAGGUUCCUCCUGGAUGAAGAAGGACCAGCCCACCUUUACUCUCCGACAAGUUGGAAUAAUAUGUGAGCGUCUCUUAAAAGACUAUGAAGAUAAAAUUCGGGAGGAGUAUGAGCAAAUCCUCAAUACCAAACUAGCAGAACAAUAUGAAUCUUUUGUGAAAUUCACACAUGAUCAGAUUAUGCGACGAUAUGGGACAAGGCCCACAAGCUAUGUGUCCUGAAGCUUUCUUGCAUAUCUGGGUACCAGGUUUGACCUCAAGAGAUGGCUGCUGUACACUUUUUGCAACUGGUUUGAUAUCACAUUUCAGCUCCAACUUUGCAUCCUGAGAACACUUAAACGUUUCUGCAGGUCCAUUUUAUACAACUUGAAAGACCGUAAAACUUUCUGGUUGCCACAAGCAUAUCUUUCUUUUCUGCUCAUCCAAUAAACGGUUAUGCCCUACUGUGAUAGAUUUUCCAAACAUAAUAUCUGGAGCAGCAGUUUAGCAAAAUAUGCCCUCAGUGGCAUGCAACAUACGGAGUUUCCCCAAGCACAGUUCUGUAAGAAGUGUGUGUGAGAAUGUGUGUAUAUGUGUGUGUGUGUAUUUUAAGUUAUUAUUUGUAUUGUGCAAAUUUUUUUGAUCUUGGGGAUCCUGGCUGUGAAUUUGAUGCACGACAAUUAUGGUUAAAAACAUUUGCUUGGUCUACAGAAGAUCAUUAAUGUUUUGUGACCAUAUAAGUUGUAACCAUGGGUUGUUUUAUGUGUAGGUAUUACUGUUAAAUACAGGGACUGUAUCCAGGCACAGAAUAUGAAUCAUAAGUUAGGAUGGACAUUAGAUGUGAUUAUAAUGAUAUAGCAAAGGUCUGUGGUUCUAGGUCUACAAAUGCACGGUGAGGAAUUAGAACAAACCAGAGACGCGCCAUUUGAUACAAGGACUCUGCCUAGCCGUGUUAGAAAAAUACUUUGACUCCAAGCCUUAAAAUACCCACAUGGAGUCUGUGCUCACCUCAUUCACACAAAGAGCUCCCUGGACACUGAACGUCUGAAAAGAAAAAGUCUCCCCUGGAGCAGGAGCAUCAGGGCUCACUUGGGGAGCAUCACACAGGUGAGCACGGGGCUGGGCCAGACCCCACGGCGCUGCUACGUGGGAGGAGCCGCUUCACCUUUCUAUCGGUUACACGUAGAUUGGAUCCUUUGGUCAGCUUCCCCCAAAUUCUGUUGAGAGGUGCCCAUGUUCAACUGCUUGAUCUUUGUUUUGGCAACCCCUGCCCGAAAUUGCUCACAGACUGCUCUUCACCUUGUUGCCAAGGCUGAGGAACAGAAAGUAGCCUCUGUUUUGAGGAGGUGGAAGUUAAGUAUACAUUUAUUUUUUACUGUGACUUGUUCAGGACCACAUUUUACAAAAUGCCUUGUUUCAUUUAUUAUUGUUUCUGGAAAGGAAAAUUCUAAUAAAAUUGUUUUAGUUUAAAUAUAGAAUAGUUUUUUUUAAUUAGGGCUUAUUUUGAAAAAUUCUGAGGUUAAUUCAAAUGUAUGCCAAUACCUUCCAAAGUAAGGUAAUAUUCAGAGACAGUUCUGAUCAGAUGGCUUAGAGAAAUUUCUGGAAUAUUCACAUUGGAAGAUUCCUUAUUAAUGAAUGUCUUUGACUUAAAUCUAACCAAAAACUGCAAUGUUAUUCUUUGUACAUUUUCAUUAUAUCGUGUUAACAAGCUUAGUUGCAAACAAAUAAAAUACUUAAGCUAUUUGUUUACCUUGCCUUCUUAAUACUGUGAUAAUAUUUAUUAAUUAAAAUAAUUUGUGUGAGGCUGCUGUAACCAUUUUCCCAAUUCAACGUUACAUUUAAGAGUUACAGACUUUUUUUUAAGCCCAGCAGUCAUCUUUUGAUAAUUAAAGAAUUAUUUUACUUCCUAUUUGAAGGGCAAUUUGUUUCAUCUCUUCUUUUUCCAGGGUAGUCACUUGUUCCUGGAAGAGGGGCAUAGCAGUGGCAGUGAUGGGAGUGGCCUUACAGUGGGAUAGUCACACCAAAACUUUUGAAGGGGCCAUCAAAAGUCCUAAAGGAUGGACUAGGAAUAGGGAAUACUGCCUCACUGAAGUCUUCUUGUUAAGGAUCAGUGUGAUGUGCUCACUCACUAUUGUAAGUGUCAGCCCCAUCUGCUAAGUGGCUUCUGACUGGGAAGUAGAGUAAGUUUAUAUAAGAACAAUGACAGGCUGUCGUAUCAUGAUAUGGUUGCCCUUUGGGACCACAGGGUAAGACCACACUACCGUGGCUGGGUUUUGGGAUCUCCUGCAAAUGGGCUAGAUAUGUUUGUUUAGUGUUUUAUCCAGAAAAGAUGGUUCCUAGGAUAGGUAACGGGGACCUGUAAGGUAGGCCUUCCUUAGACUGGCAAAAGGAGUUUUUCCCUAGAUCUUGAUUUCUAGGGCUUGAAUUUAGGGACAUUCCCAGAUAGGGAAGUGUCUUUGUCCCAUGGGGACAGGUUAAGGCCCAGGAAGGAAGUCAACCUACAGAGACCAGUAACGGAUGGGCCAGGACCUGUGGUCUCAGAACAGCCAUAUUUAGUGAGCUAGUUAAAUUUUUUUUCUCUUAAUUUUAUUUAUCCUUUAUAUUGGUAAAGUCUUAAGCUUAAGGGGAAUGAAAGAAGUGUCCUUGCCUAGGUCAGAGGAGUACAGAGGCAGUGAUGAGUGUUAAGAGCUCUCCAAGGAGAAGAACAUCAGGGAUAUAAGCACUUGGGCCAGCUUCCACACAUGGUGACUCUUGUCUGCUCAUUAGGGAGUAUUGGUUGGCUAGUAUCGUAGUUAAAGGAAUGGCUUUUGGAUGUUUGUAGCCCUAGAUUUACUCUGCUCUGCCACUAGUUUGCUAUGUGAGCCUUGCCAAGUAACUGAACUUUCUGAGCCAUAAUUUUAUUUGUAAAACAAGGGUAAUUGGUUUUGUUUUCAAAUGCAAGAUUAAAUUAAAUAGUCCAUGUAAAGAAAGUAUUUAGCACAGCUUGGAACAUAGAAUAUGCACCUGAAAAUGUUACAGCAAGUUUCGUUACAGUGGUCUUCAUCAGCUCUGAAGACCAAAAUCUUCCUAUCUGCAGCAGUGAUUCUCAACUUUACAGUAUGAAGGAGC